AUGUUUGAAUUAGCAAAAACAAUGAAAAACCAUAAUGUAACAUUUAUUACGGCUUUUCAUGCUCAAACCUAUAUAAAUUUUGAAUCAUAUGCAAAAUUAUCUUCAUUUCGCAUCAUUUAUACGAAUGAUUCGACUGAUGCAUUUAUUAAUGAAAAGAAACGAGAAAAACAAGUAGUUGAAUAUUUUAUGAAUCACUCUCUUUUAGAAAGUGUAGAUUAUAUGAUAUCAAGAAUAAGUCCAGUUAUUAAUAUUUUGAUGACCAAAUCAGUCAAUUUAUUAAUGUCGGAACGCUACGAUGUGAUUAUUGGUACAUCAUUAACGAUUGGUACACAUCUUCUAUGCAAACAAGCAAAUGCAUCAUGUGUAAUAAUAAUUCUAGAAAACCAAUUAAAUAGAUUUGAUGUUAAUCAACAUAUUAGUAACUCAUUACUAUCAUCAAAAUAUUUAACCGAAUUGAAAUAUCGUAUUUAUAAUUUUGCUUUAACUUUACGUUUGACAAUCCCUCUUUUUAAAACAGUAUUUAAAAUGUACUACAGAAUUUUUCAUUCGUUUCCUCAAGUGCCUGGACCAUUUUACGAAGUAUUUACAUUAAGAAACAUAUUACGGACUAAAUCAAAUUGUUUGAAAUUAAUCAGUUUACCACCAACACUCUAUCCGCCAUCAUCUUUAUAUCAUGAUACUAAAUAUCUUGGUGGAUUUGUGGAUAAUUCAUCAAUUGAAUAUGUCGAAAAUGAUCUUACAAGAUGA